AAAAUGUGGGAGGGCAUGGAGUUGCCUCCCUUCUGUGGGCAGUGGGGUGUUCUUGGAGAUGAGCCGCCCAGAGGAGCCUCUCCUAGCUGGAAAUACAGCAGCUGGAUCUCAGGGAGAAGCCAGCAGUGUCCGCCGACCUGUGAGGAGACUGGAAGGCCAGCUGCGAGGGCAGCAGGCAGAGGAAGACAGCAGCUUGCACCCGGUCAAGCCAGCCACUGCCCCCUUUCAAAGGUGAACACAGUAAAAUUUAUGACAGGUACCCUAUCAGUCCCAGGGGAGAUAAAAGCAGGAGGAGGCGUGCUAACUCAUCCAUCCUUGGAAGGAAGCCGUUCGCCCAGAGGCCCAGGACACCUGACAUCUGACAUGGGGCUGCGGCCAGGCGUUUUCCUUGUGGGGCCGCUACUGCUGCUGCUGGGACAAGGGAUCACCCAAAUCCAUACAUCUUCUGGAAAGAACCUGUUGGAAGGCCAGCUAUGGCCAGAGGUGCAGACUGAGAAGAACUUUCCAUUCCUGUGCAACCCAAAGAAGUUAGGACUGAACGUGCCUUCUGAGUCAGUGCACUCUCUGACACCUGCUGACAUCAAACUCAUAGCAGCCAUUGGCACCGUGGAAACUCCUCCAGACCCUGGGGUGGUCAACCUGGACACGAGCGAAAGGACUGAGAAAGAACCACAGCAGUGCACGGGAGUGAUGGCAGUCCUUUCAGACAUCAUCAGCCACUUCAAUCCUUCUGUUCUGACGUCCACGUGCCCUCCUGGGAAGAGCGCUGCUCCCCACUUUGGUGUUGAAGACUUAUGGAUUCAGGCUGAAGAACUGGUGAGAAGCUUGAAGGAGAAUUCGCAACUUGAUUUUCAACAUGACUGGAAACUCAUCAAUGUGUUCUUCAGUAAUACAAGCCUGUGUUACCUCUGUCCCUCUGCGCACAAGAAUGGACCCUUGAUGAGUGACAUGGACAAGCUGGCCGGGCUGCUGCAGUACCUGUACCAGGAGGUCCCCAGAACAUUCGUGAACCUGGUGGAUCUCUCUGAGGUGGUAGCUAUGCCUCGCUGGAGUCAGGGGACUCAGCUCAGGCCCACACCAGAGUCCUGUGGUUGCUCAGGGGAGACCUCAAAGCUGGACACGGUUGUAAUGCAGUGGUCCUAUCAGGAAGCCUGGGACAGCCUCUUGGCCUCCAGCAGCUUCAACGAGCACGAGUCCUUUGCAGUGGUUUUCCAGCCUUUCUUCUAUGAAGUGUCAUCUGCUGCGGGCGGGCCCCCAUCCCAGGACCCCACCACACUUGCCCUGAGCCUCUGGAACAACAUGAUGAAGCCAGUGGGACAGAAAGAUGAGCCAUUCAGUGCAUCACAGAGGAGCCCAAUGAAGUGUCCAUCUCAGGAGAGCCCCUAUCUGUUCACCUACAGGAAUAGCAACUACCAGCCCAGAUUGCUAAAACCCCAGAGGCAGCCUGAGGUGAGAGAAGGAACAGAAGUCAUUUGUCCUGACAAGGACCCUUCUGACUCAAUUCCCACCUCAGUUCACAGGCUGAAGCCAGCUGACAUCAAGGUUAUUGGUGCCAUGGGUGACUCUCUCACGGCAGGCAAUGGCGCUGGGUCCAGGCCUGGAAACAUCUUGGACGUCCUGACUCAGUACCGAGGCCUUUCCUGGAGCGCCGGCGGCGAUCACAACAUCAGCUCCGUGACCACUCUGGCCAACAUCCUCCGGGAAUUCAACCCUUCCCUGAAGGGUUUCUCCACUGGCACCGGGAGAGAAAACAGUGAGGGAGCCUUCCUUAACCAGGCUGUGGCAGGGGCCCGUGCUGGGGGCUUGGCUGUCCAGGCCAGGAGGCUGGUGGAUCUGAUGAAGAGUGACUCCAGGAUAAAUUUUCAGGAAGAUUGGAAGAUAAUCACUGUGUUCAUAGGAGGCAAUGACCUCUGUGAUUUCUGCAGUAACCUGGUUGACUAUUCCCCCGAGAACUUCACAGACAACAUCAGGAAGGCUCUGGACAUCCUCCAUGCUGAGGUUCCUCGGGCAUUUGUGAACAUGGUGAAGGUGCUCCAGAUAGUUAACCUGAGGGAGCUGUACAAGGAGACUAAAGUCAGCUGCCCACGGCUGAUUCUCAGGUCCCUGUGUCCCUGUGUUGUGACGCUUGCUGAUAACUCAACAGAGCUUGACUCCCUCAUCGACAUAAACAAGAAGUAUCAGGAGGGGACUGAGCGGCUGAUUGAGACUGGACGCUACGAUACCAGAGAGGAUUUUACAGUGGUUGUGCAGCCAUUCUUUGAAUAUGUGGACAUGCCGAAGACCUCGGAGGGCUUGCCUGACAACUCAUUCUUCGCCCCCGACUGUUUCCACUUCAGCAGCAAGACUCACGCCCGUGCAGCAAGCGGCCUCUGGAGAAACAUGCUGGAACCUGUUGGUCAGAAGACAACACGGCAAAAUUUUGAAAACAAGGUCGAUAUUGUUUGUCCGAACCAGGUCUGGCCAUUCCUGAGUACCUACAAGAACAGCAUGGAGGGCCAUGGGACCUGGCUAUCAUGCAGGGAGAGGACCCCUUCUGCCUCAUCUCCCACUUCAGUGCAUGCCCUGAGACCUGCAGAUAUCCACGUUGUGGCUGCUCUGGGGGAUUCUCUGACUGCUGGCAAUGGAAUUGGCUCCCAACCAGGCAACCUCCUCGACGUCACCACACAGUAUCGGGGACUGUCAUAUAGUUCAGGUGGGGACGGCUCCCUGGACAACGUGACCACCUUACCUAAUAUCCUCCGGGAGUUUAACAGAAACCUCACUGGUUAUGCAGUGGGUACUGGCGAUGCCAACGACACAAAUGCAUUCCUCAACCAGGCCGUUCCUGGAGCGAAGGCUGAGGAACUUAUAAGCCAAGUUGAGACUUUGGUACAGAAGAUGAAAGAUGACCAUAGAAUAAAUUUCUAUGAAGACUGGAAGGUCAUCACGGUGCUGAUUGGAGCCAAUGAUUUGUGCGACCACUGUACAGAUUCGAACCUGUAUUCUGCAGCCAACUUUUUUAACCAUCUCCGCAAUGCCUUGGACGUCCUACACAGAGAGGUCCCCAGAGCCUUGGUCAACCUCGUGGACUUCAUGAAUCCCAGUGUCAUGCGGCAGGUGUUCUUGGGAAACCCAGACAAAUGCCCAGUGCAGCACGCCAGCAUCUUGUGCAACUGCGUCCUGACCCCGAGGGAGAACUCCCAGGAGCUGGCCAGGUUGGAGGCCUUCACCCGAGCCUACCAGAGCAGCAUGCGCGAGCUGGUGGAAUCAGGCCGCUAUGACACCCGAGAGGAUUUCUCUGUGGUACUGCAGCCCUUCUUCCUCAACAUCCGGCUCCCCGUCCUGGAGGACGGGCGUCCAGAUACCUCCUUCUUUGCUCCAGACUGUAUCCACCCAAGCCAGAAGUUCCACUCUCAACUCUCUAGAGCCCUUUGGGUCAACAUGCUUGAACCAGUGGGAAAGAAAACCGAUACCCUGGACCUGACAGCAGAUAUCCCCCUGUCCUGCCCCACCCAGGAGGAGCCCUUCCUGAGAACCCCCCAGAAUAGUGACUACACGUACCCCACCAAGCCAACCAUUGAGAACUGGGGCAGUGACUUCCUGUGUACAGAGUGGAAUCCUUCCAAUAGCAUCCCCACCUCAGUCCACAAGCUCCAACCAGCAGACAUCAAAGUAGUUGCAGCCCUGGGUGACUCGCUGACUACAGCAGUGGGAGCUCGAGUCAGCAACUCCAGUGACCUGCUUACAUCCUGGAGGGGGCUGUCCUGGAGCAUUGGAGGAGAUGGGGCUUUGGAGACCCAGACCACACUGCCCAACAUUCUGAAGAAGUUCAACCCUUCCAUCGUUGGAUUCUCCACUGGUACCUGGGAGGAGACAGCAGGAUUCAAUGUAGCAGUGGAAGGGGCCCAAGCUAGGGACAUGCCGGCCCAGGCCCGAGAGCUGGUAGAGCGAAUGAAAACCAGCACUGAGAUCAGCCUGGAGAUGGACUGGAAGCUGAUCACCCUCUUCAUUGGCAGCAACGAUUUGUGUCAUUACUGCGAGAAUCUGGAGGACCACUCAGCUGAGGAAUAUGUCCAGUACAUCCAACAGGCCCUGGACAUCCUCUAUGAGGAGCUUCCGAGGUCUUUCAUCAAUGUGGUGGAGGUCAUGGAGCUUGCUACUCUGUACCAGGGCUACAGUGGGAAAUGCGCUGUGCUGCUGGCAGCUCAGAGCAACUGCAGUUGCCUCGGACACUUUCCAAACUCCCCGGUGAUUCAAGAGCUGAAGAAAGUGAACUGGAAUGUCCAGAGUGGCAUCUCCGGGUUCUCCUACCAACCCAAGUACAUGCAGCGUGAGGACUUCGCGGUUGUGGUGCAGCCUUUCUUCCAGAACACUCUCAUCCCGCUGACCGAGCUCGGGAGCACCGACCUCACCUACUUCUCUGAAGACUGUCUUCACUUCUCAGAACGCGCUCACGCAGAGAUGGCCAUCGCACUCUGGAACAACAUGCUGGAACCAGUGGGCCAUAAGACGACCUUCAACAACUUCACCUACAGCCGAGCCAAACUCAAGUGCCCCUCGCCUGAGAGUCCUUACCUCUACACCGUUCAGAAUAGUCGGUUAUUCCCAGACCAGACUGCAAAAGCCUCUGGUGUAUUCCAUGGGGCUGUGCCAGUGGCAGCAGUAGGUGGCCUCCUAGGUGGCCUCCUAGUCGGCGUCCUCGCAAUGAGUGUGUGGAGAAGCAUUAGAUGUCACCAGAAGAAAGCUCCCCCGGCGAGCCUGCACGUUGCCAGCUUCUAGGCCCUCAGGAGCAGAUCCUCACCCUCCUGACCCAGUCACACCCCUCACCAGCCCCUCUACAGCAGCACCUCUGGCCACCAGCUUCAACACUCGGUGAUGAAAGCCAAAGAGACCGUCAUGACUUCUUGGCCCAUGGGCUUCUUCCAGGCCCUGCUCCUGUAACUGGCAAAUAUAAUAAAGACCAAAGGCAUUAUGUUUUCAGCUUA